UCCCAGGAAUCAAGGGUCAAGAUCGUUUGAUAAGACCCAUAAGAUAAUGAACAACUGAGAAAUUAAAAUAAACAAACACAGAGAAAGCUAAAUCCAUAAAAUAAGAAAAAUCUUUCAUUUCAUCUUCCCCUCUUUCUACUUCUUUCUUUCUUUCUUUCUUUCUUUCUCAUUAUCCAAAGAGACUCAGACAAAGUUUUUUGUUACUUAGACUUCACUCAAACCAAAAGAAAGUGUUUUGUCUUUUGGGUUUUAUCUUCUUACCACCGAUGCUCAAAAUUACUCACUUUCUUUUCAAGAAAUUAUUAUUAUAAUCUACUCAAAACCCAUUUUUUUCUCAUCAAUUUGUCGAAUCCAAAACCUGCUCUGCACUUUCAGACACAGACAAAGAGGAAAUAAAUUUCUGUCACGAGUAAACAGAGAGAGAGAGAGAUACAAACUCAGAUUACUCUGUUUUCACAACCUCUUCAUGGGCUUCUAAAAAAGCUUCUCUUUCAAACCAGCCAUGGAGACUUGUAUAGGAACCGAGCAAGACAACAGAAGAAGUAGAAGAAGACGACGAAGAAGAGGACUCACAACAACUUCCACAGUGUUCUUUUGGGGAAUCUUGAUAUUUGCUCGUUUUGGUUUGUCUUCCUCAGCUCUAUCUCCUGAUCAAUACCGUCACCAGCCCUACCCAUCCGCACCACCGAGAAAGGCUGGUCCUUUCCAUGAAACAACGUCGUCGUUUCGAGCUCCAAAAGCCUCAUCAGUGUCGUUCACGGGUCCACGUCGAGAAGAAGAGAACAGAGAUGACGUUUAUAAAGACGACAAGAGAUUAGUUCACACAGGUCCAAAUCCUCUUCACAACUGAAAAGCUAAUGAAACAACACGUGUCUGGUCUCUCUUCGACCUCCAACAAAUUGCCUUGAGAUUCUUCGAUCCUUCUCUCUGCUUCGAAACGUAUGAAAAACAAAAAAAAAGAUCUCUUCAGCUACUUUUUUUUUUGGUACGUAGUUUUUGUAGUUUUAA